AUGGCCGUGUACGUCAUUACUGGAGCAUCCAAGGGAAUUGGGUUCGAGUUUCUCAGGCAGUUCUCGGAAGAUUCAAACAACCUUGUCCUUGGUCUGGUCCGCGAUAAGGCUGGAACGGAAAAGAAGGUAGCGACGGAGCUCGGCAGCCGUCCCAAUGUCCACAUCCUCCACGCAGACCUCACAAAGUAUGCCAGCCUGAAGCAGGCGGCUGCCGACACGGCUCAGAUCGUCGGCGAGCGUGGCGUCGACUACCUGAUUGCCAACGGAGGCGUGGUGCCCCUGUUCGACGUCUACGGCCCCAUCGGUGACUUGAGCGACAGGCCCGAGGAGCUGGAGGCUGUUGGAUUAGAGCUGUGGCAGACCAAUGUCGUUGGCAACAUCCACCUCAUUCACCUCUUCUUGCCCUUUGUUUUGAAGGGCAAAGUCAAGAAGGUCAUCUUCAUCUCCUCUGGGCAUGCCGACCUCGACUUUACAAACGCUUUGGACGUUGAUACGAGCCCGCUAUAUACUGCCUCCAAGUCAGCCAUGAAUGCUGUCAUGUCCAAGUUCAGCACGCAGUACAAGAAAGACGGUGUACUUUUCUUGAGUGUCAGCCCGGGCUUGGUGGAGGUGGGCCGCUAUUCAGAUGCUACCCCAGAGCAGCUCAAGGGCUUCGCAUCAUUCACGGAUAAGCUUCCAGCCUAUGCACCCGACUUCAAGGGUCCACUCACUCCAGAGGAAUCCGUCCGACUUGUGACGGACACAUUCGAGAAGGCCAGCAUCGAAGGUGGGUUUGGUGGUGCGUUUGGACCGAAGGCCCUGUAG